CAUGCAGUGCAUGGAGCUGGGCGCCUCCAGGAUGACGCGCGUCGUCGCCUCGACGCCGCCGCCGCCGUCGACCUGCUGGGAGGACAGCGCACCGUCGUCGUCGUCGUCGUACUCCGAGGACGACGAGGACGCUGGCCGCGAAGGUGGGACCUCCGCCGGCGGCGGCCAGGUCGCCGUCGUGGUGCAGAAGCGCCGGCGGCUGGCGGCCAACGCCCGCGAGCGUCGCCGCAUGCUCAACCUGAACACGGCCUUCGACCGGCUGCGGACGCACCUCCCGGGCCUCGGCGCCGACCGGCAGCUCUCCAAGUACGAGACGCUGCAGAUGGCGCAGACCUACAUCAACGCCCUCGUGGACCUGCUGGACUAACGGCAGAGGUCAGUGUGUCUGUGUGUGGGAUCGUUUUCCCUUUCCGUUAUUUAAUUUGUACCUAUUUAUUUCUCUUCACGCCCCGGCAUGGUCAUUUGUGAGGGUAAAGUCGUCUGUUGUAUUCAAAUCAGUGCUGCUUUGAUGUGUGGAUAUUAUGCGAGCGAAGUGGGGGUGUUUUAAUUUAUUUCAUCUGUAGUGCUGUGGGUGCUGUGUUUUUUGUUAUUACUUAAUAAAAUCAAUGAGUAAACAAAAAGA